AUGCAGCCGGAGCCGGCCAUGGCGCCGGUGCACGUGCUGGUGUUCCCGUGGCCAAUGCAGGGCCACAUCAACUCCAUGCUCCAUCUCACAGCGGGUCUCCUCGGCGCCGGCCUCCACAUCACCUUUCUCCACACCGACCACAACCUCCGCCGCGUUCACCGCGCCAACGCGGCCACCUCGCCGCGCCUCCGUUUCAUGUCCGUGCCGGACGGCCUCCCUGACGACCACCCCCGCUCGGUGGACGACAUCAAGGAUCUCGGCAGGUCCCUGCGGACGACAGGCUCCGUCGCGUACCGUGCUCUCCUCGCCUCGCUGCUGGUCGACGACGGCGGUUUCCCGAAGCUGUCGUGCGUCGUGGCAGACGGCUUGCUGCCGUUCGCCACCGACAUCGCGGAGGCUCUUGGUGUGCCGGCGCUCCCGUUCCGCACGGAGAGCGCGUGCAGCCUCCUGGCCUACCUCUCCGUGCCCAGACUGGUGGAGCUCGGCGAGGUUCCCAUCCCUGUAGGCGCCGAACUGGACGCUCCCGUCCAUGGCGUCCCGGGCAUGGAGGGCUUUCUGCGGCGGCGAGACCUUCCAAGCUCUUGCCGCCGUCACGCCGAGACCCACGACGUCGACCCCAUGCUGCAGGUUUUCGUCAGCCACACCGCUCACAGCUCCGGGGCGCGGGCGCUCAUACUCAACACGGCCGCGUCGCUGGAGCGGUCGGCGCUGGCGCACAUCGCGCCGCACAUGCGCGACGUCUUCGCCAUAGGCCCUCUCCACGCCAUCUCGGCGGCGGCAAUGGUGCUGCCGAGGGCCAGCUUGUGGCGCGAGGACGACGGUUGCAUGACGUGGCUCGACGGGCACGCGGACCGGUCCGUCGUGUACGUGAGCUUGGGGAGCCUCACCGUCAUUUCGCUGGAGCAGUUCACCGAGUUACUGUCCGGGCUCCUCGGCGCCGGCUACGCGUUCCUGUGGGCGCUCCGGCCCGACAUGGUCGGGGCGAGCCCCAAGGAAGCCAUCGAGGCGGCGCGGAACGGCGGCAAGGCACGCAUCGUGGACUGGGCGCCGCAGCGGGACGUGCUGCGGCACCCCGCCGUGGGGUGCUUCCUGACCCACGCCGGGUGGAACUCCACGCUGGAGGGCGUUGUGGAGGGCGUGCCGCUGGUGUGCUGGCCCUUCUUCAUGGACCAGCAGAUCAACAGCCGGUUCGUGGGCACCGUGUGGGGGAACGGACUGGACAUGAAGGACGUGUGCGAGAGAGCCGUCGUGGAGAGGAUGGUGAGGGAGGCCAUGGAGUCCGGCGAGCUAAGGACGUCGGCUCAAGCGCUGGCACAACAGGUGAGGAGGGACGUCGCUGAGGGGGGCUCGUCCACCACGGAGUUCCACCGGCUCGUCUCCUUCAUCAAGCAGCUCAGUUGCUCGUUUUCGUCGAUCACACGCUGUCGGCAUUAG